AUGGAGGAUCAUAGAUCAAUAGAACCCAUCUCCGGUUGCAGCUCCACCACCACCACCACCGCCGCCGCCAUCGACGAUGACCUCCCAUGGCCGGACUGGAACUCCUUCAUUGACUGGGUCACUUUCUCCGGCCCCGCCUCCGAUGAAGACUUCAACUCCCUCUUCUUCUCCAACUCCACCGACUUCACCACCACCACCACCACCACCACCACCACCAUGAGCAUCAGCAGCACCAAUACCAGCACUCCAAGCUCACCAAGAUCCAAAGGAGACGACGACCUCAAAGGCGUCAAACUAGUCCAUUUAUUAAUGGCCGCCGCCGAGGCUAUUGCCGGCGACAAAAAUAGCCGGGAAUUAGCCCGGGUGAUAUUGGUUCGGCUCAAGGAGUUGUUGCCGGUGACUGGCGGCGCCACCAUUGAACGUCUUGCCGUGCAUUUCACCGAUGCAUUAUCCGGCUUGCUCGAACCCGGUGCCGGUCGACACCGUGACAACAACAACCACCACAACAACAACAACAACAACAACCAUGACAUGCUUGCUGCUUUUCAGCUCUUACAAGACAUGUCACCAUAUAUAAAAUUCGGUCAUUUCACGGCCAACCAAGCAAUCCUAGAGGCUGUCGCCGGUGACCGGAGAAUUCACAUAGUGGAUUACGAUAUCAUGGAAGGUAUUCAAUGGGCGUCUUUAAUGCAAGCUCUAACUUCACGUAAUGAAGGGCCAUCACCGCCGGCGCAUCUUAGGAUCACGGCCGUGACGAGAACCGGCAGCGGUGGUGGAGGCAAAAGGAGCAUGAGUUCAAUACAAGAAACAGGGCGGCGGUUGGCAGCCUUCGCGGCGAGCAUCGGCCAGCCGUUUUCCUUCAGUCAGUGCCGGUUAGACUCCGAUGAGAAGUUCCGGCCAUCAGCAGUCAAGGUAGUCAAAGGAGAAGCACUUAUAAUGAACUGCAUGCUCCAUGUACCUCACUCACCGGAAAGGUCAGCGUCGUCAGUAGCAUCGUUUCUCGCCGGAGCAGGGAGUCUGAGUGCAAAACUAGUGACAGUAGUAGAAGAGGAAGAAGGAGGAAGAGGUGGAGAAGAAGAAGCUGGAGAAGAUGGUGGGUUUGUUAGAAGGUUCAUGGAGGUGUUGCAAAGGUACUCAGCGGUGAGUGAUUCAUUAGAGGCAGGGUUUCCAAUGCAUGGGAAAGCAAGGGAGUUGGUGGAGAAGGUGUUCAUGGGGCCAAGGAUCGCCGGAGCAGUGGGAAGGGCAUAUAGAAGAGAAGGUGGUGGUGGUGGAGGGUGGUCGGAAUGGAUGGUGGGGAUGGGGUUUGGGAGAGUUGGGUUGAGUUUGUUUAACCAGAGUCAAGCGAGGUUGUUGAUUGGGUUGUUUCAUGAUGGGUUUAGAGUGGAAGAGAUGGAGGUUAAUAAGCUUCUGCUUGCUUGGAAGUCUCAGAGGCUUCUUUCUGCUUCUGUUUGGUUACCACCGUUGGAUGGGAACUUGGAUGUUUUGAUGAUGGAAUCUUCACCGUCCAUUUAGAUUUAUUUAUUUAUUUAUUUAUUUACUGUAUUUGGUUAUAUUUGUGGCGCUGUUAUUACUGUUAUUACUGUUGCGUUUUAUUUGUCGUUUCCUUGUCUUAGUUUAUAUAUAUAUAUAUAUAUUGAUAAUUAUUGGAAGAAAAAAACCAUAUUAAAAAUAGAAAUGUCCGAGCAGUCCGAUUCUAUAAUGCACAUAUUGGGCCCGACCAGGCCGAUUAUUAACAAAGCCCAACUCACAAGCACAAUAAUGAAUCAGGCCCAUGUUUUAAAAAUUUGAUAUUAUGAUUAUACAUGAUAGAUAAUAAAGGCUAUCAUUAUAUAUAAUUAUGUUGAUGGAAGACUUUGAUAAAGCAUAUAAUGAAGUUUUAGUAAAAUGUCUAAGAUAUGGAAAAUUUGUGGAACUAGAGUUGACAGGUGGUCUUGUUAUUAUGGCUUAUCAAAAACAAGAAAACACCAAAUUUGCCUGAAUUUGAUUAAACUAAGCAUGAAUUAUGCUAGGGCACAACAAACCCUACCAACUUGCAUUUCUGCAUAAAACAUAGCACAUGCUUAACAAAUGAAAGACAAUAAAAUUAGGUGGAGAUGUCAUCCAAAUCCAACUGGCUGAUAAUCAACGAUGCUUAAUAGAUAAGGGGAAAAAAAUCAAACGAUAAUAUUGCAAUUUAUGAGAUUCUAAUACAAACAAGUAUUAAAUUCCCAUUU